AUGGACAACAGAUUAACGUCAGAAGCCAUUUACGUGUUAAACAUGGAGUCACGUCGGAGAAGAGAAUUGGAUGAUGAAACCAUCGGCAAUUUAUUAGAAGAUUCCGAUAUUGGGGACUUCGUGCCUUCCGAUGAUGAUUUCGACGAUCCGGAAUUCGUACGACCAGAAAGCAGUAUGAGUUCUACGGAGGGAGAAAGUGAUUGA